AUAAUAGAUUGAUGGAAAAUAGUGAUAUUAACCAUUAAACAAAAACCAUAUUCAAGUUUAUAAAUAGGGAUCCAUAUCCCCUCAAUUGUGCAAACCAUUCACAGUAUGUCUUCACACACUUAAAACUUCACACAACCAACCCUCACUACCCACCUGCCUCUCGAUUCUUUUUCAGUAAACUCAUGGCACACACACAUAAAAUACCCUCUCCCUCUCACUAUUACCUAAACAAACACAGAGGAAUCAACUCCUCAUAAAAGAGACCCAACCCAACCACACCCCCCUUCCUGCUCGUCUCUCUCGGCUCCAACAAAAAUCAUUUGGCCACCACUCUACGGUGGUGGCACAUGACAAAGGUAAGCCCUCCGGUGGCCGACAAAAGAAAUCUUGUAGCGGCGGUGGUGAUGCUUGACCUCCGGUGGUGGUGCGGCGGCCACGAACGGGAGAGAGAGAGACAGUAAGAGAGUAGAGAUCGAGAUGAGAGAGAGAGGCCAAGGAGAGAGAGCGGCGGCGCCGCUCACGGCGGCGGCAUUGAUGCACGGCGACGGCGACUCAGACCGGCGGUCCGUGACUCGAUCCAGCGGUCUUUGGUUUUAUCCGAAAAGUUCAUCGGUUUGCUGAAGAUGACGAUGAAUUCCGACACAAAUCCGAAGAUGGUUCGGCUCGACGGCAGGAGCUCCGGUAAGUCUCCUUGUAUCGGAUUUAGACAUUCAAGUUCAUUCAUUCUUCAGGUGAUGAUGUUAGUUCGAUUCGUGUUAUGUUUGGCUCAUGAGUCGGUUCGGAUUACACAGGAGGCAGUCGAGUCAACUCGGUCAAGCCGAGUUAACUCGGUCCGGGUCUGGUCAAACUUCAGUCAGCUUUCAGGUCAAUGGCUCGGGUCAACAGUGGUCGAGUUUGGUUCGGGUCAUGCGCGGAUCGGACGGGUCAGAUUUCACUCGGCUCAACUCAGUCAUCAAGAGCCGACUCGGUCAACUCAGUUGACCCGGUCAACUCAGUUGACCCGGUCAACUCAGUUGACCCGGUCAACUCAGUUGACCCGGUCAACUCAGUCAGCUCACCCGACAUUCCGACGGAAGAUUUGGGAUAUUAUAGAAUGCACGCUAGCGAGUCUCGUCUUGGAAACGACAUCACAAAGUCAUAUUAAGCUAGCUUUGCAAGGAAUAUUCAGGUUGCAUUUCUAAGACAAGGUACGGUUGGAAUAGGAGAACCAUGAAGAGUCGAGUACUUAGUGGCGUUCAUUUUCUAAAAGACUUAGAUUGUUUGCUUCCGCUGUGCAAUGAAGAUACCAGUCCAGUCAUGCCAAUGCUCUGAUAAUUUCGGGGUGUGACAGUUAAAACUUGUUCAAUUGAAGAAAGAAGGUGUAGAAGUAAGAAAUAUACCACUUGUAGGAUCGUGUCGUGACCCGAACGAGUCAAUCAGAAGAGCUCUUAUCCAUUUCAGAGGCGGAAACUAAGAAACGGACUAGAAAAAACAGCUUGUUUCACUUAAUAUUUCCUUGUAUAUUGAUGAAUAACAGUUUACAGUCAAACGGCA